AUGGCGUCGAUGGCAUGGAUGUUGGUGCUAUUGCCAUUAGCUGCAUUGGCAACCACUGCCUCGAGCUCACUGGCGAAGCCAGGCUGCCAGGCCCGAUGCGGCGACAUCGACGUCCCCUACCCGUUCGGCAUCGGCGCUGGCUGCUUCCGCCCGGGCUUCGAGAUCAUCUGCAACGACAUGACGCCGUUUCUACCGGGCGCCGUUUCCACCGAGCCCGUGCGCGUGCUGAACCUGACCAUGACGCCGCGCGCGCAGGUCCGGGUGCCGCUGCCUGUGGCGCAUCAGUGCUUCGACGCCGCCGGCAAGGCCACCGCCGGCGGGUUCGACGGCAGGCUGAUGGUGAACAAGCUGGGCGUGUACCGCAUCUCCAACACCGAGAACGAGCUCUUUCUCCUGGGCUGCAACACCCUCGUCUACGCCGGCAGAGAGUCCAAGGUCCAGAACGCAACAGCCAACGGCUACUUCAGCGGGUGCCUGGCCUACUGCAGCACAGCACAGAAGGCGCGGGACGGCGAGUGCGGCAACAUCGGAUGCUGCCACGUCGACAUCUUGCCGUUGCUCACCGACACCAGGAUAAGGUUCAGCAAAUGGCGUCGCGCGCGCGACUUCGCGCCCACCUGCAACUACGCCUUCAUCGUGGAGAGGAAAAACUACAACUUCCGGGCCGCCGAUCUGAAGAGGACGCCGGAGUCAGACCCGGCCAAGCGAUGGAGCAUGCCGCUUUGGCUCGACUGGGCCAUCCGCAACCGCAGUAACAGCCUGUUGUGCCCCGAGGCGGCCAAGACGCCAGGAUACGCUUGCUUGAGCAAGCACAGCGACUGCGAAAAUUCCACCAAUGCGAUGUGGUAUAUCUGCAAAUGCUGGAAUGGCUACGAGGGCAACCCAUAG